AGGUGAAGCAAUGCUCUUUGUAAGCUGAAGGCGAACUACCAUACUAGCAGCAUGCCGCACUCCCACACAUGGUCCACGGGUGACGAGAAGCAUUGGUCCCGCAGCUCUCGAACGCCUCAGGAAGAUUUUGCAUCGUGGCAUGUGAGAGGGGACGGGCUGCUAGGAGAGGCGCCCUUCACUCCGAAGCCUCCUGCUCAGCCAUGUAACAGAUAUCGAUACCCUAGGCCCAGUGCUACCAGCAGCGACGCAGUGAGAGCAAGCUCAAGACCCUUCUCCUCCUCAAGACCCUUCUCCUCCUCCUCCUCCUCCUCCUCAUCAUCAUCAUACUUUCAACCCCAUCAGAAGUUGGAGAGGGAAUGGACAGUCUGGAUCGACACCGCCAAGUCCAAGGUUCUGACCUCCCAGGACUUCGACCUCGAGCACUCGGAGCAGCACCCUAUCACAUCGUGGGACGACGUCCUGGAGUUCUGGAGUGCUCUGGAGGGUGGGAAGAUCCCCCUGCAGCAUGGCUGCAGUAUCCGUUUCUUCCACAAGGGCAUCAAACCGACGUGGGAUGACUCGGAGGUAUCAGCAGCUCUGGUGCUGCCGCCAGCGUGUCUGACGCCCUUCCUCCUGCCAGGCUCAUGGCAAGUGGGUCCUGUUGACAGACCAAAAGGACACGCUUCACCGCCUGUGGCUGAUCUGGAGUGCGCUGCUGGAGGCAAAGCACAAGAACCUGACGCACAUCUGUGGGAUUGAGCUCAGCAUCCGCCCGCAGCGCAACUCGAUCGGGAUCUGGAACCUCAAGGGAGGAGCAGGCGGAGGAGGAACAGGUGGACCUUUCACGGAGAGGGCGCGGGACCAUCUCAACCGAGGACAUCAAGUCAUUCCAGGCGAGACUUGCUGCAUUCGCCGAGGCGAUACGGAGUAGAGAAGGGCCAGAGGGGGUCAGAGAGUCGAAGAUGACUGCAAGAAGUGCUCAGAGGGAGGAGGAGGAGGAGGAGGAGGAGGGGAAAACAAAGAAUGACAGGAGUUUCACGCCGUUUUCUUGCUGGGGGCAAGACAAGGACGAGAAGGAGCAGUUUGCAGGACACGACGAGGAGGAAGAGAAUGCGGGAGGCGAAGACAGAGCUCCUGCAGGAGAUCAGGAGGUUGAUGAUGACACAGAUCUACAGGAGGAUGGGGCUGGGGCCGGAGAGUCGGCGAGGCGGUUAGAGGAGGAGGGGGCGGAAGAAGGGUCAAGACAUGUCCGGUCGCUGAGCAGGGAGCUGCGGGUGAAGUUGCUGAUGAGGAGCCUUAUCACGACAGCGCAGCUCGAGGACAAGGGCGUCGUGCGAGGUAAUCGAAUCCGGACGCAGACCAAGGAAGCAAGGUUGCGAACCACGGAAGACAAGAGGAGGAAUGAGGGAAGGAGUGAAGGCGCGGCUAUCAGGGCGUCUUUGGAUGCCAGGAAGGGAGGAGGAGGAGAAGAGGAAAACAGGAUCUCGUGCGCGCAGCGGGUGGUGUGGCUGCUGCUGGGGUCUGGGCUGACAUCGCUGAUGGCCUUGCUGUACUUCUGGUUGUUUGCCGACACGAUCUCAAGUGUGCGGGUGCUGUAGAGAUUUUAACACUGCAAGCAGUGAAGAAUGUGAAAGGGAGCAAAGCAAG